AGACAGAACACCGGUCCCAUUCCGGCGACGCAUUUUAACAGGGCGUUAUAGCGUUAUUUCUGCAGGACGUUGUCUUCUUUUCUUUCUCUUCCUUGAUGGGAUAAAUGUCGUCUUUUGAACUCGUCUUCUUUUUUGGGCUUUUACAUUGUCAUUAUAUCGAGCAAGGAGUGGGCAGGGAAUCUGGAGUUUGGCUAUUCAUCAUUUGCGUCUCGUCAUGCAUUGUUUUCUUGGAUUUUUUCGACUCGAUAUUAUGUUUUGGUCAGUGCAUCAGUACGUUUAUCUCGUUUUCGUUCCUUCGUAUAGAAGGUUUGGUUUGGUUUGUUGUUCUUGUUGCUAUUAUGCCAUGGUUAAGAAUGCUUUGUCUCUUCCAGGACAGGUUUUAUCUUUCCAUCCGCAGGUUCUAUUUUGAUUCUUCUUCAUGUAUGUAAUGUAGCCAGAGAGACGUUAUAUAAUUGGGGCUUUCGAAUGUUGAGAGUGAGAACAAAUAUAUCUGCACUG